AUGCCAGGUUGCUCAGGGCUUUCCUCCCGUCCGGCUUUGAAUCCUCCGUGAGAGAGCCGGGACCGCCCAGCCCCUGGAGGAACCUGAGCCUCCCCCUGCUUCGCCUCCGCUGGGACCUGCCGCCUCCCCCGAGCCCUCCCUGGGGGUACGGGUCUAUGCUGGGCGCAGGUCGCCGGAAGAGGUAGAGACGGGGCCCGGGCGGCGGUCCCCGAGCGCAAAGGAGUUAACAGGACUUUCUGCCUCUUCCCGCCCGCGCCUUCUCCACCCUCCUCAUUACCUGCGCUUUAUCGCUGCCGGAGCCGCGGCGCGGGGCGGGAGGGUUUCCUGCGCCGCCUGGGGCUGCCCGCGGCCGAGCCCUUCCCGCCCCCCGGCGGGGCCGCGACGCGAGGGGCCGCACGCGGUGCGCAGGAGCUCCUGCCCUGAGCCUCCUGCCUGUGGGUGGGAGCGGGGCCGGGGCGACGCAAGGGGAAGGCGGGCGGGCGAGCGGGUCUGCGCACCGCAACCCGGCAGGGAUGCGGCAUGGCCGUGGGCUCCGUGAAGAUGCCGUCACCGUGUGAGGGCGCGGAGCUGGCCCGCAGCUGGAGCCCCGGCGGCGGUGCCCACGAGCCGCCGCCGGUGCAGCUGCGGCAGAAGCUGCGGGAGCUGCCGGCGCUGCUGCGGAGCGGGCUGACGCUGCGGAGGAAGAGCGCUGCCGCCGCCGGCCGGACCCUGUCCAGAAGAAUUUCAAAUCCCUAUUUGGAAACUCCUUCAAACAAGAUAUAUGGAGAAAGUUCUUCCUGUGCUGGAAGAGCUCUCAGGAAUAUUUUCACUCUACAAGCAUCUGACCUGAUUAAAGACAGGGUGUACCUCACUGGCAUUUGCAGGAGAAGCUGUGUUGGAUCAGAACUGGUAGACUGGCUUUUGGAGCAAUGCCCUUUUGUUAAGUGCAGAUCUACAGCUGUUGGAGUGUGGCAGCUCCUCCUGGAUAUGGGCAUCAUAUUAUCAGUGGACAAACAACUCUAUUUUCAAGACACACAUGCUUUCUACCAGUUCUCAGCGGAUGAAUGUACCUACCUUUUCUGUGAAUUUGAGAAAGAAGAAGGAUGGAAGAAUGGAGUAAAGCUCCUCCUUCAACUACUGCCAUUGUCUCCUCACAGGAUUGACGUGUGUAAUCUGCCUGAUCAAAAAAUAGAAGAUACGGCAGAAAGCAAUGCUGAAAUUCUUGCUCGUCUCACUUCUGCGGUACAGAGAGAACUGGCUGCUGUCAUUGCCUUGAAAGCAAGGAAGUCAGCAAUUCAUCAAAAUGAAGAAAACGGCAGUCAAGAAGUAAGAGGACUAGAAGAGCUCAAGGAUACCUCUGAUGCUCAGGCAGGGGUUUUGUGCAAGCUUCAAGGAAGAGAUGACAUCGGACGGAUUGAACUGGUCCAGAAGCUGGCGAGAGAAAACUGCCAGUUUUUGCAGGCGGAUAGAAAACUACUGGGGAAGGCAGAACAAGCGGACGAUGUAGGCGGCGGCGAGCGGGCGCGGGAGGAGGCCGGCGCAGCGCUGGUGCUGCGGAAGGUGUGGUCACGCAGCCCGGCCCCCGAGCGGCGCGGGAGAUACGUGGUGGUGUCGGGAACGCCGGAGAAGAUUUUGGAGCAUCUCCUCAGCGAUCUGCACCUGGAAGCCGCCCAGGACAAAGAGACGGAAACUCUACUGGAUGACUUCCUUCUCACAUACACAGUCUUCAUGACAACUGAUGACUUAUGCCAGGCACUUCUGAGGCACUAUUGUGCUAAGAACCACCAAGGGAAAGAAGACGACUCUGAUGUGUCCUGUAGGAAACGAAAAGUCUUGCAUUUGGUGUCUCAGUGGACUUCUCUCUACAAAGACUGGUUACAUGAAGAUGAGCAUUUAAAACAGUUUUUAAAGACAAUAUACAGGAAUGUGUUAGAUGAUGUGUAUGAAUAUCCCAUUCUUGAGAAGGACCUGAAAGAAUUUCAGAAGAUACUUGGGAUGCAUCGUCGUCACACUGUAGAUGAGUAUUCACCUCACAGAAAGAACAAAACCUUUUUCCAGCAGUUCAGUGUAAAGGAGAACUGGCUGCAGCACAGAGGAACCAUGAAUGAAACAGAGGAAAUUUUCUGCCGUGUGUAUAUAACCGAGCACUCCUAUGUCAGUGUGAAAGCUCAAGUAUCCACUUCGGCACAGGAGAUACUGAAGAUUGUAGCAGAAAAAAUCCAGUACCCAGAGGAGGAGCUGGCGCUGGUGAUAGUCACGUUCUCUGGUGAAACACAUGAACUACAACCAAAUGACUUGGCUAUCUCAAAAUCUUUUGAGUCAUCCAGUCGUAUGUUUGUCUACCGAAAAGACCUGACUGAUACUUUGAACCCAUUUUCUGAAAAUGAGGAAUUGCAGCAAAGAUCUGUGAGAAUUCUGGGAAUCAACACAUGGGAUCUUGCCUUAGAAUUAACGAACUUUGACUGGAGCCUCUUCAAUGCAAUUCAUGAGCAAGAGCUGAUAUACUUCACGUUCAGCAGACAAGGCAGUGCUGAAAACACUGAGAAUCUUAGUCUUCUGCUUCAGAGAUGCAAUGAGGUCCAGCUUUGGGUUGCUACUGAGAUACUGCUCUGCAGCCAGCUCUGCAAACGUGUACAGCUAGUCAAAAAGUUCAUCAAGAUUGCUGCUCACUGUAAAGCCCAAAGAAAUCUCAAUUCAUUCUUUGCUAUUGUUAUGGGUCUCAACACUGCAUCCGUCAGCCGGCUGUCUCAGACCUGGGAGAAAAUUCCUGGGAAGUUCAAGAAACUUUUCACUGAACUUGAAAGUUUGACGGACCCUUCUCUGAAUCACAAAGCUUACAGAGAUGCAUUCAAGAAAAUGAAAUCGCCGAAAAUCCCCUUCAUGCCCUUACUUCUGAAAGAUGUAACAUUCAUUCAUGAAGGAAAUAAAACUUUUCUGGAUAACCUUGUUAAUUUUGAAAAGCUGCACAUGAUUGCAGAUACUGUUCGGUCGUUGAGACAUUGCAGAAAUAACCAGUUUGGCAAUGAAGUUCCUUCGAAAGAGCAUCAUGAGCUGAAGCCAUACAUCCAUCACCUGCAUGUCAUUGACAACCAGCAAGCUCUGUUUGAGCUUUCUCACAGGAUAGAGCCGCGAGUGUGAGCGUACACAGCUUCGUAUAACCCUAUAACUGCAGCACUUUGAAUUAAGUGAAUGUUUAUGCCAAGCAUGUUGCUUCCUGAUAUAAGAACAGUUUACUGAGUUUUAUCAGUAGCUCACAACAUGCGCAGGAAAAUCAGGCAAGAGCCAGUAAAGGAGCUGCUCACAGAGUUGCAGGGCAAGCUUGGUGCCAUCCCUGCCAGUCGCUGGGAUCUGAGGGAGUGGAGCAGUAUCCUUUGAGCUCAGGAGCCUGGUUUCUCUGAAAGUAUUGUUUGGUCCAGUGUAGCUUUCAAUGCAGAUUCUGACAGUAUUGGAGUGAAAGGAAUCAUCUUGUCACAGCAGCAAAACAUUUCAGCAAGCAGCAUACCACAAGGGGAUUGAUUCUCAGUUCAUCACAGUAUGUACCUCACUAAUUCAAGGCUGCCAAAGUAUUGUUGCCAAAAAUACUGUGCAAUCCAUGCAGCUCACCUGGGUCCACUGGAGCGUCUUGUUUGAGAUGAGUGGGAGCAACCAAGAAUGGGAAUAUAAACAGACAGCACACCAGAUGAAACUCAGGAGUGCAUCGUGAUGUGGAGCUCAGCAGGAAACAGUUCACACAAUUGUGGCCGCUUAAGAAUCUGCUUUUUAAAACACGCUGUAAGAGCCACUGGUUGCAGUUUAUGGACACAAUUAUUUGUACACUGAAAACAUGUUACUUUCUUCCUUUUCAGUUAUCUCAGAUACAGUACCAGCUCCUGCAGUUAAAGUGUCAUUAACUAUUAUAGCAGGAGCUUAGUUUUCUGCUUGGAUUACAGUCUCCAUUCAGAGGCAAUGCCUAGAUUUACCUACAUUCCUAACCCACCUCCUGGAAAUACUCUUUCAGCAGGUAAAGUGUCACCUAACCUGCACACAUUUCUAGUUUAUAAAGAACGAAAGGGUACACCUUACAGUGUACCAGCAUAAUUACCUGCAUACACACCAGACUCUCAGCAUCAAGGUCCCUUGACCACUUCUGUCCCACUCAACACCCCUCCCCUAGCCAAUUUUCACAUAGCCAAAAGUACUACUUCUGGGCAUGUACUGAGGCAGCAUUUCUCAAGUCUUGUCUACAGCUGACCUACAUCUAAGCACCACCAUCACCAUAACUCUGUUUUUCAGUGCUCAGAAGUUGCCCUGAAAUAAUGCAGUGAGUGCCACGGGCAGUGUGCUGCGCAGCCUGGCACGUGCUUGUGCGCUGACUCACAGCUACAGUCCCAUUAUGGAGCAAGGAGGAUACGCUGCGUUGCUUGCCCGUCUCUAUUGUAUGUUUUCCACACGACGAAGGCCUCCAAGAACAUGCUCCUUUACUGAAAUGUGGGAAUACUGAAGUAGCAUGCUCUUCAUCAUUGUGUUAUCUCUGGUUUAAAGAAAUGGGGGAAAACCGUAGCUUUAAGAGUAGUCUGGGGGGGAAUCUGUGGAAUGCAUUUGGUUUUCCCAUCUGUGAAAUAUUGUAUAGAUCUAUUGUAAAGGAAACUGAUGUUUCAGAAAUGUAUUUGCUUGUACUUUGUUAUUAUCAAAUACUCUAUGUUUUGGGGUUUUUUUUAGAAAAAAAGAUCUUUUCACCCAGUAAAAAAAGAAAAAAAAUAGACUCUUGCUGGCCAUGGAGUAAAAAUUUCCUAUGUUCUUCUGUAGAUGUCACUGCACAUAUUGUAAAUAACUCUUUUGUGCAAACAGACCAAAACUGUUCGGAUGAGGAUACCAGCUGUGGUGGGCACCUUUCUGCAGUGUAAGAACACAAACCGAUACAAUUUGCUGCUUUAGUUAUUGCAGUUCUUCCUCUGGCUAUGGCGCUGGUGAAAUCGCCACCCCUAACUGCCUUACCUGGGUGGUUUGUUGUGUUUUGAGCUCCCCCUUGUGACAUCUUUUUUACCGUGGCAUUACUUUUAGGUAGACCAGCCUGCAUGUUUUAGCUCAUGUGGUGGAAUACUAAUCUACAAGUCGUUCUAGUGAAAUCUGUGGGAGAGGGAGCAUUGGAAGGUAUUCAGGGUGAAAAAAAGUGGGGCUAUUUCUCUCUUCAUUGCAUUUAGCUCUCUGAUAGUUUUCAUAGAUACUGCUGAUGAAGGAGCAGCAGUCCCAGAGAAGAUAAAAGACAAGGAAAUGAAAGAAGGGCAAAAAAGAAAAAACAACCCAAAAACCAGAAGCAGAAAGAUGACUGUGUGCUCAGACAUUGGUUUGAAAGCAUGCUCGAGACACCUUGAAGGCUCCUCACUCCCCCAGUUCAAAAUGGUUGAACUAAAUGGAUGGGUUAACUCGUACCAGGAGGCUUCCAGCCAGCUGAGGUGUUGGCUAUCUGCACUGUUGUAACUUCACACUAAAUGAGGCAUUGUUUACCCCUUGCAGCUGGCAUAAACAUUGUUUGAAGGCACACAGCCAGCAUUAACCUCCUUGUCUGGGUUGUGGCUAAUUAGACUGCUGUUUAAAGCUCUACUAUCUGGUUUUCAUAGUGGCCUGUAUAACUUGCAUAUAAAUCUCUGGUUUGAGGGGCUGACAUUGGUGCAUCGGUUUCAGAUGAACCUUUCAAUUGUUGCCAUAAAGGAAAGACAAACCACCCAAAACUGGAGGUAAUGUGUCCAAUUGGGAAAAAAAGGCCCUUCAGAGUCUUUGUUCAACAGGUGACAUAAAGCCUGUGAAAGGGAAGGGGGACACAACACAGCCUCUGCCAGGCUGCAGCACUGGUGAUAUUGUCCUUCAGUAGUUCAAUUACAUUAUGUAGAGUGAAACCCAUGAAUCUUGUAAGUUCAGUUUAUCACGUUGCACCUGGGGUUAAACACUGCCUAUUUUCUUUAGUAGCUAGGAGGAGUAAUUAGACAAGAAGGAAAAAGCUGUGUCACUCCUUGAUAACAAGAUUUAUUUGCAUCAAAUUUAGAGGUUUUUGUGACACAGCUUUUUGAUUCCAGCCCCACGUGGGACAGAAAUAAAUCCCAUUUGCUUGACAGCAGCAAAAAAAAGCUAUCAGAAGUAAUGAGAUGUGCUGCUGUAAAUUUAAAAAGAAAGAUGUAAAUACUAAACAUUUUAGCAGAGUAAUAUUUAUUUGCAUAGCCUAUUUAUUGUCAUCUUAUACACUGUUAAAUACUGGGAUAAAGUCAGUGAGCUGAGGUAAGAACACCUGCCUGUUCCCUUCUCUCCGAGUGCCACAGUGCUGUCAGCUUGCAUUAAAAGUAAUAAAAUAGAAAUCCCCAAAUCAAGGUAUUUACCUGUCUUCUCAGGGACUACAGCUAGUAGUUAUCCACCGUUUUGAGACCUGGUAUGUAUGAAAUUUACUGAUUUACCAGAAUCAAUGUUGCCAAUGUUUUCCUUUCAUAUUUCAUGCUUGUCUGCCUCUGUACAUAUUAUUGUGUUGUGUAUUUAUGAGAGCUAGUAAGCAAUAAUUUAUAUGUCAAAAUGGCCAAGCAAUACAAGGUUAAAACUUGUAGAAGCAACUGUUUCAUUUAUCUUGCAUUUUCCAGUGGAUUUUAAUAUUGCUUUUAAAAAUAUAAAAACUACCUUAACGAA